AUGGCGCUCGGUGUUUCUGGCAUUCCCCCUCCAUCUUUCUCUGACAUCGCUCGGUUCCUCCGCGCCACCGCGCCACGCAGUUCCUGCGCCGCCGCGCCGUGUAGGUCCUCCGUGCCGCGACGCCGCGCAGCUCCAUCAUGCCGCGUCGCCGCACAGCUCCCCGCACAGUUCCUCUGCACUUCCCCGCAGCUCCCCCCAUGCCGCACAGCUCCUAAAAAUCCCCUCUUUCCCCGCGGUGACGACAGCCAGGGUUCCGGGCGACCAACCCUAGCCGAGCGAGGCGAAUCGCGAGCAGUCGUGCUCAACUUAUCACCACUGGUCGGCGCCCAGCUUCUAUCCACUGGCCGUCUCUGUCCCGUUUGCUUCUGUCCACGGCGUGCUGGCAGCGCCGUUGCUCGAGCUCGACUCCCCCACGCCGGAAGCCGCCUCACCCUCACUGUCGGAUUCCACCUAGCCCUCGCCGCCGGACACCGCGUCGCCCUCACCGCCGGGUCCCGCGUCGCCCUCUCCGCCAGUAUUGUUGUUGAGGACAGAGCAAUUGACAGAUCAAUUGUGCUUGAAAUUACAAAGCAAGCAAGCAAGGAGCCCUGCACUUCUUCUUACGAGCAGCAGCACGAGCAGGGGACCAACAACAACUUGCAGAGGAGCAGCUGAAGGAGCUCGAGCUUGAGGUCCAGGACGAGCUUGAGUGAGCUCGAGGUCCGGGCACGGCGGGAGCUCG